GGCAAUUUGUAUUUCAAGGCCAAGUAGUAAGCAAAUAGGAAGAAGUACGCGUUGGCUUAUCGUUUCACUCAGCUCGUUGGAAUAGUGGUCCGGAGUUGCAUAAUGAUUCAGAACCAUAGUAAUAUUGACGUCCCUCUAUGUGGACACAAACGUAAGAAACUUCCACGCGUACACACACACACAGACGAGUUUUAUUGCAAGGUGGAAUACAAUACCACAUAUUGGUGCUUGUUCUCCUUUAUGCACACAUACCCGAUAAUUUCCCCGAACAUUUCCCCAGGCAUAGCAGCCGCCCAAGAAACCAUCCAGAGUCUUUAUUACACAAGAAGAGAGCAUUUGAAUUUUCCAUCUUUCAUCUCACAGCCACUGGUUUACUUCAUGUUGCCUCAUCAGAUUAGACCGGGCUGGUCGAAGAGUCCAGAAUAUAAUGAAAUCGAAACACAAAUAAACUUGACAAAGUUACACGAACUACACUAAACAUAGUUACACUGAACAUAAUUACACUGAUAAAAUGAAAUAAAAAUGCAAAGAAA